GCCGUCGCGGCGGCGACUGAAGCCGGGAAGAGGAGAGGGGGGCGGGGGAGCGGCCGCCGCCGCCCCCCGGAGGCGCCGGAACCCCGAAUCCGCUCGGAGCCAGCCAGCCGUCCCGAGCUACAACCAGAGAACGUGGGUUCAGCCCCUGGUCCGGGAAGAUCCCCCGUGCCGUGGAGCAACUAGACCUGUGAACCACAGCUAUUGAGCCUCUGCUCCAAGAGAAGCCAGUGUGACAAGAAGCCGGGGCACAACAGCCCUCCUGCGGCAACCAAAAAUAAAUAAAAAGAAGACAGUAUUUUUGCUCUCAAAAGAUCUUAUGGCUUCACUGCAGACAGACCCUGCAAGUUCCAGGUGCUGAAAACUUGGAGAGCCUACUUCUUGCUUCCCAGGCUGUAGCUGGGGGGAACUUAGGGUGAAGCAGAGAAGUUUCUGUAUCCAGCUGCCCGGGCAGAGGAGAAUGGGGUCUCCACAGCCUGAAGAAUGAAGACACGACAGAAUAAAGACUCAAUGUCAAUGAGGAGUGGACGGAAGAAAGAGGCCCCCGGGCCCCGGGAAGAGCUGAGACCGAGGGGCCGGGCCUCCCCUGGCGGGGUCAGCACGUCCAGCAGCGAUGGCAAAGCCGAGAAGUCUAGGCAGACGGCCAAGAAAGCCCGAGUAGAGGAAGCCUCCACCCCAAAGGUCAGCAAGCAGGGCCGGAGUGAAGAGAUCUCAGAGAGCGAAAGUGAGGAGACCAACGCACCAAAAAAGACCAAAACUGAGCAGGAGCUGCCCCGGCCCCAGUCUCCCUCCGAUCUGGACAGUCUGGAUGGGCGGAGCCUCAAUGACGAUGGCAGCAGCGACCCCAGGGACAUCGACCAGGACAACCGGAGCACGUCUCCUAGCAUUUACAGCCCUGGAAGCGUGGAGAAUGACUCCGACUCGUCUUCUGGCCUGUCUCAGGGCCCAGCCCGCCCCUAUCACCCACCUCCACUCUUCCCUCCCUCCCCUCCACCGCCUGACAGCACCCCCCGACAGCCAGAGCCUGGCUUUGAACCCCACCCUUCUGUGACACCCACUGGAUAUCAUGCUCCCAUGGAGCCCCCCACAUCUCGGAUGUUCCAGACUCCUCCAGGGGCUCCUCCCCCUCAUCCACAGCUCUACCCUGGGGGUUCUGGUGGGGGGGUUUUGUCUGGACCCUCACUGGGUCCCAAGGGGGGUGGGGCUGCCUCUUCAGUGGGGGCCUCUAGUGGGGGUAAGCAGCACCCCCCACCCACCACCCCCAUUUCAAUAUCAAGCUCUGGGGCUGGUGGUGCUCCUUCAACGAAGCCGCCUAACACUUCAGUCGGUGGUGGAAACCUACCGUCUGCGCCACCACCAACUUCCUUCCCCCAUGUGACACCAAACCUGCCUCCCCCACCUGCCCUUCGACCCCUUAACAAUGCAUCGGCCUCUCCUCCUGGCCUGGGGGCCCAGCCACUACCUGGGCAUCUCCCCUCCCCCCAUGCCAUGGGGCAGAGCAUGGGUGGACUUCCUCCUGGCCCGGAGAAGGGCCCCACUCUUGCUCCUUCACCCCAUCCUCUGCCCCCUGUGUCCUCUUCAGCCCCUGCCCCCCCAAUGAGGUAUCCUUACUCAUCCUCUGCUAGCAGCUCUGCAGCAGCCGCCUCUUCCAGUUCUUCUGCCUCUGCCUCCCAGUACCCCGCUUCCCAGGCACUGCCCAGUUAUCCCCACUCCUUCCCUCCCCCGACCAGUCUCUCUGUCUCCAAUCAGCCCCCCAAGUAUACGCAGCCUUCUCUCCCAUCCCAGGCUGUGUGGAGCCAGGGUCCCCCACAACCUCCUCCCUAUGGCCGCCUCUUAGCCAACAGCAGUGCCCACCCAGGUCCCUUCCCUCCUUCAGCUGGAGGCCAGUCCACAGCUCACCCAUCAGCCCCAACACAUCACCACCACCACCAGCAACAGCAACAGCAGCAGCAACCACCAUCACAUCAUGGGGGCUCUGGGCCCCCUCCCCCUGGACCAUAUCCUCACCCCCUGGAGAGCGGUGGUUCCCACCAUGCACACCCCUAUGCCAUGUCUCCCUCCCUGGGGUCUCUGAGACCCUAUCCACCAGGGCCAGCACACCUGCCCCCACCUCACAGCCAGGUGUCCUACAGCCAAGCAGGUCCCAAUGGACCCCCAGCCUCCUCUUCCAAUUCCUCUUCCUCCUCUCAAGGGUCCUACCCAGGUUCACACCCCUCUCCUUCCCAGGGCCCCCCAGGGGCGCCCUACCCCUUUCCACCGGUGCCUCCGGUCACCACUUCCUCGGCCACACUUUCCACGGUCAUUGCUACAGUGGCUUCCUCGCCAGCAGGCUACAAGACAGCCUCCCCACCUGGGCCCCUGCCGUAUGGCAAGCGAGCCCCGUCCCCAGGGGCCUACAAGACAGCCACUCCACCUGGAUACAAGCCGGGGUCGCCGCCCUCCUUCCGAACGGGGACCCCACCGGGCUACCGAGGCACCUCGCCGCCCGCAGGCCCAGGGACCUUCAAGCCGGGGUCGCCCACCGUGGGGCCCGGGCCGCUGCCGCCUGCGGGGCCCUCCGGCCUGUCAUCCCUGCCCGCACCGCCUGCGGCCGCCGCCUCUGGGCCGCCCCUGAGCGCCACGCAGAUCAAACAGGAGCCGGCGGAGGAAUAUGAGACCCCCGAGAGCCCGGUGCCCCCGGCCCGCAGCCCCUCGCCCCCUCCCAAGGUGGUAGAUGUGCCCAGCCAUGCCAGCCAGUCGGCCAGGUUCAACAAACACCUGGACCGCGGCUUUAACUCGUGCGCGCGCAGCGAUCUGUACUUCGUGCCGCUGGAGGGCUCCAAGCUGGCCAAGAAGCGGGCCGACCUGGUAGAGAAGGUGCGGCGCGAGGCCGAGCAGCGCGCGCGCGAAGAAAAGGAGCGCGAGCGCGAGCGGGAGCGCGAGAAGGAACGCGAGCGCGAGAAGGAGCGCGAGCUGGAACGCAGCGUGAAGUUGGCUCAGGAGGGCCGUGCUCCAGUGGAGUGCCCAUCUCUCGGCCCAGUGCCCCAUCGCCCUCCGUUUGAGCCGGGCAGUGCUGUGGCUACAGUGCCCCCUUACCUGGGCCCCGACACUCCAGCCCUACGCACCCUCAGCGAAUACGCCCGGCCCCACGUGAUGUCUCCUGGCAAUCGCAACCAUCCGUUCUACGUGCCCCUGGGGGCAGUGGACCCGGGGCUCCUGGGUUACAAUGUCCCGGCCUUGUACAGCAGUGACCCAGCAGCCCGGGAGAGGGAGCGGGAAGCCCGGGAACGAGACCUGCGUGACCGCCUCAAGCCUGGCUUUGAGGUGAAGCCCAGCGAGCUGGAGCCCCUACAUGGGGUCCCUGGGCCAGGCCUGGAUCCCUUUCCGCGACAUGGGGGCCUGGCUUUGCAGCCUGGCCCCCCGGGCUUGCACCCUUUCCCCUUCCAUCCGAGCCUGGGGCCCCUGGAGAGAGAACGUCUAGCGCUGGCAGCCGGGCCCGCCCUGCGGCCUGACAUGUCCUACGCGGAGCGCCUGGCGGCUGAGAGGCAGCACGCAGAAAGGGUGGCCGCCCUGGGCAAUGACCCGCUGGCGCGGCUGCAGAUGCUCAACGUGACCCCCCAUCACCACCAGCACUCCCACAUCCACUCUCACCUGCACCUCCACCAGCAGGAUGCCAUCCACGCAGCCUCUGCCUCGGUGCACCCUCUCAUUGACCCCCUGGCCUCAGGGUCUCACCUUACCCGGAUCCCCUACCCAGCUGGGACCCUCCCCAACCCCCUUCUUCCUCACCCUCUGCACGAGAACGAAGUUCUUCGUCACCAGCUCUUUGCUGCUCCAUACCGGGACCUGCCAGCCUCCCUCUCUGCCCCGAUGUCGGCAGCUCACCAGCUGCAGGCCAUGCACGCACAGUCAGCUGAGUUGCAGCGCCUUGCGCUGGAGCAGCAGCAGUGGCUGCACGCCCAUCACCCGCUGCACAGUGUGCCGCUGCCCGCCCAGGAGGACUACUACAGUCAUCUGAAGAAGGAAAGCGACAAGCCGCUGUAGGACCUGCGAUCGAGAGAGCACCAUGCCCCUGCCUCUGGACCAAGGAGGCCUCCCUUCCCACCUGCCACUCAGAGCUUCCGGGUGCGCCCGGGCCUCGGGCCUCUGGGCAGGAGGGAGGAAGGGACAGAUGCAAGGCCGAGGCUCUAUGCAAGGCCGAGGCUCUUGUGGUGGGGAGGGGGUGGGUGGGGGCAGAAAGCGCACAGUAUCUUGGACCGGGUCCCUCUCCCUUGGCCCCCAACUUUCUUCCUCCCCCACGUCCAACCCACCCCUCCCCGCCCCGUGGCCGCUGCCCGCCCCCCACCCCUGGUGUGAUUAUUUCAUCUGUUAGCUGUGGCUGUUUUGCGUAGCAUCGUGUGCCGCCCCUGCCCCUCCCCAGCCGUCCCCCCAACCCCCGUGUGCGCACCCUCACUGCGAUGUAUGACCCUUGCCCCUCCCCCACAUUAAUAAUUUAUAUAUAUAAAUAUCUAUAUGACGCUCUUUAAAGAACAUCCCAAACGAAACCAACCAAACAAAAACAU